GUUCGGUUCGCCCCGGUGCGGCGGGCUGGGAGCGCCGCCAGGUCCUGGGCUGCCGCGCCGGGGCUCGGCCGAGCGCGGGGCUCGCCAGCCUGCCUGCAGUGCCGUCACCAAGAGGAAUGCCGAAACGAAGGGGCUAAUGAGCACCAGAGAGGGAGGAUCUAUAACUUCCAGAUGGCAACGAGCCCAUAAUCCCUUUGGGAAGAAUUAGGGACUCGUCAGCCGCAGCAGAGCCUGGUGAGGGGAGCAAAGCGCGACACCUCUGGCUCCCGGAGUGCUGUGAGAGGCCGAGGGCAUCCCAAUGCCGACUGCACCGGACACCCUGCCCCGAGCUGCCUGGCUUUGUUUCAUAGAGUCCUGUUGCUGCUGGGAGCCCAUCCCCAAGCACUGAAGUAUUUUUUGUUUUAAUUGAUCGCAUGUUCUCCAACCAAACUCCAUCCGGGUCCUGCUCCUCCCGACACAGAAAGGGACUUCUGCUCUUAACAGAAAGACUUCUUUCUUCUGGUUUUUAUGCCCUGUGGGAUUGCAAAGCGUCUUUCUUUCCGGAUUUCAUCUUUCAUCAAAGUGUGUUCUGAGGAAUUGGGGGCUUAUUCCCAUGGCUUCAUAAACCUCUGGGAUCUGAGGGUCUCUGCCUUCUGCGUUGCUACCGCUCCCACCUGUCUGCGAUGGGGCGCGAGCAGGAGCUGAUCCAGGCCGUGAAGAACGGGGACGUACCCGGCGUGCAGAAACUGGUGGCCAAGAUCAAGGCGUCCAAGAGCAAGCUCCUGGGAUCUGCCAAGCGCCUGAACGUGAACUACCAGGAUGCGGACGGGUUCUCGGCACUGCACCACGCAGCCCUGGGCGGCAGCCUGGACCUCAUCUCCCUGCUCCUGGAAGCACAGGCCACUGUGGACAUCAAGGACAGCAAUGGGAUGCGGCCCCUGCACUACGCGGCGUGGCAGGGCCGCGUGGAGCCCGUGCGGGUGCUGCUCCGCGCCGCCGCCUCCGUCAACAUGGCCUCGCUGGACGGGCAGAUCCCGCUGCACCUCUCGGCACAGUACGGCCACUACGAGGUGUCGGAGAUGCUGCUCCAGCACCAGUCCAACCCCUGCCUCAUCAACAAGGCGAAGAAAACCCCGCUGGACCUGGCCUGCGAGUUUGGGCGGCUGAAGGUGGCCCAGCUGCUGCUGAACAGCCAUCUGUGUGUCGCCCUCCUGGAGGGACAGUCCAAGGAUUCCACUGACCCCAACUACACCACCCCACUGCACCUGGCAGCCAAGAAUGGGCACAAGGAGAUCAUCAGGCAGCUGCUGAAGGCUGGGAUCGAGAUCAACAAGCAGACGAAGACGGGCACAGCCCUGCACGAGGCCGCACUCUACGGCAAAACAGAGGUGGUGCGGCUGCUGCUGGAGGGUGGUGUUGACGUGAACAUCAGGAACACCUACAACCAGACAGCACUGGACAUCGUCAACCAGUUCACCACCUCACACGCCAGCAAGGACAUCAAGCAGCUUCUGAGAGAGGCAUCAGGAAUCCUGAAGGUCCGAGCUUUGAAGGAUUUUUGGAACCUCCAUGACCCGACUGCUCUCAACGUCCGAGCAGGAGACGUCAUUACGGUCCUGGAGCAGCAUCCAGACGGGCGAUGGAAGGGGCACAUCCACGACGCCCAGAAAGGCACCGACCGUGUUGGAUACUUCCCCCCCUCCAUCGCUGAGGUCAUCAGCAAGCGAACAGGCAUGGUUGUCCCCCGUGUGGCACCCGCACACCAGCGCCAGGGUCCCCCCGGGGCCCUCCCAGCACCCCCCGGUGGGCUGCAGCACCUCCCUGACGAGUGUCCUCACCAGGCAGCCCCAAGUGGCCACCUCACCCUAACCCGGACGGCCCCGGGCCCUGACAGCUCAGCAGGAGACAGGAACAGCGUGGGCAGCGAGGGCAGCAUCGGCAGCAUCCGCAGCGCCGGCAGCGGCCAGAGCACCGAGGGCACCAACGGGCAGAGCACCAGCAUCCUCAUCGAGAAUGCCAGGCCUCUGCCCUCCUCCAGCGACGACCUCCAGCAACACCUUUUGGGAUCAGAGCCACGCAAUGGGCAGUUGACAACCACAGCAGGGUCACAGAGCCUAGAGACCCCAGGCAGCUGCCCCCCUGGAGACAGGGUCUUCUCCCACCAGUUCUUGCGUCCUGAGCAGCUCCUUGAGGGGAAGGACGCAGAAGCGAUUUACAACUGGUUGCGUGAGUUCCAGCUGGAGUCAUACACUGCCAACUUCCUCAACGCCGGCUACGACGUGCCCACCAUCAGCCGCAUGACCCCGGAGGAUCUGACAGCCAUCGGCGUGACCAAGCCAGGCCACAGGAAAAAGAUCUCCACGGAGAUCGGGCAGCUGAGCAUCGCCGAGUGGCUGCCCAACUACAUCCCGGCUGACCUGAUGGACUGGCUCAGUGCCAUCGGGUUGCCCCAGUACCACAAAAAGCUGGUGAACAAUGGCUAUGACUCCAUCACCAUCGUGACGGACCUGACGUGGGAGGAUCUGCAAGAGAUCGGCAUCAACAAGCUGGGCCACCAGAAAAAGAUCAUGUUGGCCGUCAAGAAGCUCAGAGACCUCCGCAAAAGCCUCAACCAAGCAGAAGCAACUCUGGCGAGACGGAAAGUCCCCGGUUCCCUGGACAUUGUCACCAUCGAGUCACUGGAGAACGGGGAGUGCCAGUCCCCACAUACCCCCAAAAUGACGACCUUCCAGGACAGCGAGCUCAGCUACGAGCUCCAGACGGCCAUGUCCAACAGCUGCCAUGAGACACUCGGCAUCAAGAGCAGCCAGGGAAUGUCACGGAGCCAGGAGAGCAUCGGGGUGCGGUCCCGGGGCUCGGGGCACUCGCAGGACAAUGUGCUGUCCCGGCGCCUCUCCAGCCCCUCACAGGAGAGCCUGGGCAGCGGGGAGAGCAGCAGCAGCAGUGGGCAGUCCUGUGCACCACCCCGCAGCAAGGAGAGCCCGGCCAGCCUGCCGGGACGGCCCAGUCCCGAGCCCUACGGGAUGCUCGUGUCCCCCGAAGGGCUGAACGGCUUUGCCAACGGCGGCGGAGGCAGCCCUCUCAAGGAGAGGAACCUGCCCGAAGGCACGGAUCAGUACACCCGGCCCGCGGCUCAGAAAGGAGCCAGGACUCCAGCAGUCACCCCCUGUACUCCUCCCCAGACCCCCAGCAAGGGAACGGCCCCGUACGUCUUCAUGUACCCACACAUCUCCUUGAAAUCCCCGACGGUCCCAUCCCUCCUGGGAGCGGAGCAGCCCAAGGCCCUGGCACAGCCGUACCCCUCCAUCUCCCCCGGGCAGAAGAGCAGCCUGCAGACAUCAGCCCAAAAAGGCUUCUCCUACCUGCACAGCCAGUGUGGCCCCACGGAGCCGCCCACCGCAUCCCCCACGGGCGGGGAGCAGCACAACGGGGGCGAAGGCUUCAAGCACAAGAAGCGCUCACACAGCCUGAACCGCUAUGCGCUGUCGGACGGGGAGCACGAGGAGGAGGAGGGGGCUCCCACCAGCACCCUGGGCUCCUAUGCCACGCUGACACGGCGGCCGGGCCGCAGCCAAAUGCCACGGGCCUGUCUGCAGGUGGAUGCCAAGGUGACCCGCAGCCAGUCCUUCGCCAUCCGCGCCAAGCGCAAGGGCCCUCCGCCGCCGCCUCCCAAGCGCCUCAGCUCCGUCUCCAGCGCCCUUGCUGCCGAGGCAGACAGUGAGCAGCCCCCCAGCCCUGAGCAGCAGCCCACAGCCCCCCAGGAUGUGGUUGAUGCAGGUGCCACCCCCAGUGACACUGGCCGUGGCAGGACAGUGAAGAGCCUGGCAGCUGCGCUGGAGGGAACACCGGGGGCGAGUCCACCCAAGCCCCUCCUCGCCCCAAAACCACUGCACCUGACUCAGGACUGUCUCCCCCGGGCAGAUGUGGGUGAUGAGUCCUACGCUGGCAGUGACACCAGCAGUGCCACACUUUCUGAUGGCAGCAGGGACCCUUUUGAGAGCAGCAAGCCACGGAGACGGACACUGAGCGAGCCCAGCGGUCCCAUGACAGAGGUGGCUGCGCAGGGCGAGCGGGAGGACGCCUGCUCGGACACGGAGGAGGAGGCCAAGCCAGGGGUCUCCUCCUCAUCCUCCCAGAACAGCUCCAGUGAGUGUAUCCCCUUCGCAGAAGAAGGCAACUUAACCAUUAAACAGCGGCCGAAGCCCACUGGGCAUCCCAAGGCCGACACAGCCGUGCUGGACACAGAGCCUGGUUCCCAGCCAGCAGAGCCCCCCUGCUCUGCUGGGAAGGAGCCGGCAGCUCCCGCUGUCACCAAGGAGCCGCCCGUGCUGGAGUUCAACCUCACCGAGUCGGACACGGUGAAGCGCCGGCCGCGGUUCAGGGAGCGGGAGCCGCUGCAGGCGGUGCUGAAGGCGUUCAGCAUGGCCGGGCAGGCUGAGCCGGGGGGCACCCCCACACCCCAGUAUGCCCAGGCACAGGCAGUGAGCAUCGCAGGCCCUGCCACACCAGCGCAGGCACCACGGGCUGGGCUGGCUGGGGAUGCCUUUGACGAUGACAGCGUGGAGUUCAGGAUUGCCGAGAUAGAGAAAAGUAUCUUGUCGCUGGAGAAAGGGAUGAAGAAGGCACCGAGCCCCACCAAAGCCCCCAGCCCCACGGAGCUGGUCGGCACGGCCGUGGUGAGGACACCCACUGCAGAUGUCCCCACCAAGCACACCUCUGUGGCAUCCACCAAGCUUGUCUUCUCUGGGCCCAAGACCAUCUACCAGCAGGUCCUGCAGCCCUCCCGCCACACUGUUGCUCCCUGGGCAGCCACAGAGGCGGUGCCGGAUGUGAUCGGGUCCCUGCCUGGUCCCAGCUCACUGACACUGGACACAGGCAGCAAGGUGUUGGCAAAGCCUUUGGCAGCUGCCCCGGGGGCCACCCUGGCCCAGCAGCGGCUGGAACAGACCAACUCCACGCUGGCAGCCACCCUGCAGGCAGCUGAGAAGAAGAUCACAGUGGAGGAGGCAGAGAGCCACCCUGGGACUGUGCACUCGGCCAAGAACAUCCUAGAAGACAUCAGCAACAUGUUCGACGACCUGGCCGACCAGCUGGACGCGAUGCUGGACUGAGACUUGCUCCCUCCUUCCCCUCCUCACCUCCGGCUGCUCCGCCAGUGCCCGUCACCAUGGGGAAGAGCGGAUCUGGCACCGAGUGGCGCCACCAGGUCUCUCCAGCCACUCCCUCCCCACGCUUUGCACUGCAGCUGGGAACGCAGCUGCCCUCCUUGCUCACCCCUGGCUCUGUGUCACACGUGCCAGCGUGGCUGUGGGCCGGUUUCCGAGGGGGUCAAGCAUUUCCCACCAGACUGGAAGCAGGAGGAGAGCCCAGAGGGGGCUGCACAUGCGGUCCUGGAGGCCACGGAGAAGCCCUCGCUCCCUUGCACAGAGCUGAGGAGCCUCCACAAGGGACCUUUCUCUUUCCCCACUGCAUUGUCAAGCCUUGCCUCUUAUUAUUUAUCCCCUGCCAACAAUGUGUCACAGGAGAGACCUCCCCGGGCAGCCGCCACUGAGCUGGUGAUUUACUGAGCAGUCCCAGCCCCGGCAAGGCCUGACAGCAGCUGAAAGAAGACAGGGCUUGUCGCAAUUUGGCAGUUUGUGGAGCGAGAAGGAACCUUUCUGCUUUAUUUGCCGCUUUUCCAAAUGCGUCAGCAUCAGGCAGCGUGUAAUCCAAGUGGAUCGAAAUCCCUCCGGCGGGACCCACAACCCCCUUGUGGGAUGGGGCUGGCACAGCCUCCGAAGCAGCGGAUGUUCUGUCAUGGCCCUGCUGGACAUGGGGGGCCUUCCUGCCCCUUCCCAGAGCGAUGAGGAUGGUGAUGGCAGCGCCAAUGGCCUGGGGAUUUGGGCCAGUCCGUCUGGAUCGUGCUGCUCAAUGGAGUUUGCCCUCUGCCAACACCGUGCCUACACAAACCCCCACCCUGGUCCUUCCAGAGUGAAGUAGCAGCGUGUUGAUGUUUUUUAAUUUCUUUUUUUUCCCCCCCUCCCCUAUCUCUUGUCUUUGGGAGAAAACAGCCCGUUUUCCCAGUCCCCCUCCCUGCAGGGAGCUGCUGGCACAAACGCCGCCUCCAGCACUGUUGAACAGUAGCGGCGUUCGGGGCCGGGCGCGAUCCUUCCCCGCGGCACCGAGUCCCGGCGGGAGAGCUGACCCCGCGUGCACCGCGGGAAUGCGGCUCGGGAAGCAGCUCCUGUGCGCUGGAUGCGGCCACAGCCCGUGGCUGCAGCGACAGCUCCCUGCAUCCAGGCGGGAGGAAACGGCUGCAUCGCUCCGAGACAGAUUUCUCUCUCUCUCGCAGGAUCUGCUCAGUAGUGCAUGGCUAAAUAUGUCCAAGAGCCCCGAACUUGGCUCGCGCCCGGCAUGCCAAGCAAAUGAAAGCAUCGGAGCACCAGAAGGGAACUGAAAGAUUGUGCUGAAGUGCCAUUUGCUACAAAAAAAAAAAAAAUUCCAAACAAAGGGAAAGAAAAAUCCACGUAUUCCCCUCUUUUUUUAAAAAAAAUCGCCAAUGCAAAGCGAAACUGGAAAGGGAGAAGGUGGCUGAGGAGGAAUUUGCUUCCCAAUCCUUCUGGGAGUUUGUGGCUGAAUUGGACUGUUUGCAGCCCCUUGUCCUGUAGCAUGGGAAGGGGAGCAAAGCCCAACUGGACAAUCCCAAGCGUCUCUGCUCCUGAGGGCAGUUGUGCUGUGGGCUGGGCAGGUGAGAGGUGCCAGCCUGGCUUCUGGGUUGAAAAGCAAAAACAAAGUCCUGAAGAAACCUAAAAUCCUAUUGUUGGCUGGGACUUGAGGUCACUGUGAGGCUCUAAGACACUUCUCUCCUGAUGAAUCGGUCUCUGAUUUCUGUCCCACUCAGUGUAUCCACUGCCUAUGUCUGACAGGGAAGUGCCACAUCAUGGACGUGAUGUUUUCAAAUAGCUACAACCAGUGGCACUUUAUCAAGAGGUUCACAGAAACCUUUUAAAACUGAUUUUUACUCUAGUGAGUCAACCUGGGACAAACCCAGUUUUUUUUUUUUUCCAAUGUUGAUAAACUGUAAAUUUUUUUUUUUUAAAGGCCAAUGUAUAUAUUUUAAAUGUGAUUUAUUAUAUAUAUUUACUAACCAGAACUGCAAGUCUUGGACUGUAGGGUCAGGGAUAAGAGGACACUGGGGUGGAGCUGCCGCCGUCUGAGCCACCUGAGGGCAGCACGACGCUGCUCUCAUUGUCAAUAAGGGAAUUAAACAUUCGAUUUUGCAGAAGAAUGCCUAUUUUUUAAAAGCUCUAGAUCUCUAUUUUGAAGCUACUGUAUGGUGUGUAAGUUAUGUACACUGCAACUGGGACUAACUGACCCCAGCUGCACCUGCUCCGUGCAGCGAGACAGUGAGGGGAAAAAAUAGCCCAUGUAAUCACCAGACUGACAACAGAUUUUAAACCAUCUGCUCUGUUUGUGUUAAUCAUGUGUUUUGUUUUCCACUAACAUCCAUUAAGACUAAAUUCUAUUAAACAGUGGGGCAUAUUUUACCCUUUUGAUA